UUAGGUUAUGUUAAGGCUCAGAAAGGUAAGGCCUACUUCAAAAGGUAUCAAGUGAAGUUCAAGAGAAGAAGAGAGGGAAAGACUGACUACCGGGCCAGGAUUCGGUUGAUUAACCAAGAUAAGAACAAGUACAACACACCUAAAUACCGUUUUGUUGUGCGAUUUACAAACAAGGAUAUCGUUGCACAAAUAACAUCUGCUAGCAUUGCCGGUGAUAUUGUUCUUGCUGCAGCUUAUUCCCAUGAGCUGCCUCGCUAUGGCCUUGAAGUCGGUCUUACUAACUAUGCUGCAGCUUAUUGCACUGGACUUCUUCUGGCCCGCCGAGUCCUUAAAAUGCUUGAGAUGGAUGAGGAGUAUCAAGGGAAUGUAGAGGCAAGUGGUGAGGAUUUUUCUGUUGAACCUGCUGACACAAGGAGGCCAUUCCGUGCUCUCCUCGAUGUUGGUCUUAUUAGGACCACAACUGGAAACCGUGUGUUUGGUGCCCUUAAGGGAGCCUUGGAUGGGGGUUUGGAUAUCCCUCACAGUGAGAAAAGGUUUGCUGGUUUUGAUAAGGAGAAGAAGGAGCUUGAUCCUGAGGUUCACCGCAAAUAUAUCUUUGGUGGACAUGUUGCUGCCUAUAUGAAGACUUUGGAGGAAGAUGAACCAGAGAAAUACCAAUCACAUUUCAGUGAAUAUAUCAAGCGUGGACUCAGUGCCGAUGGAAUUGAGCCAUUGUACAAAAAGGUUCAUGCGGCCAUUCGUGCAGAUCCCACCAUCAAGAAGUCAGAGAAGCAGCCACCAAAGGAACACAAAAGGUACAACUUGAAGAAGCUUACAUAUGAGGAGAGGAAGGCUAAGUUGAUUGCACGCUUGCAGGCCCUCAACUCUGCAGCUGGUGGCGAAGAUGAGGAUGACGAUGAUGACGAGUGAAGAUUUACUGUGGAUGUAGCGGUGCAACUUAUUUAGAAUGUGUAACUUGCAUUUAGUGAAUCGUUUUCUUGAAGAUUUAUGUUCUUGCAUUUUUUAUCUCUUAGGUCACAAAUUUUGGAUACAUGUUGGGUUGAGUCUUUUGGUCAAUUUCGUGUUAGCCUGCAUUAUUGUGAUUUACCUUGUUUUGGUUCAUACAAGUCAUAAGUUCUUUACCAUAAUACGAUCCUUUAUUUUAUUUUGCGAAA